UUUUCAAUCUUCAGUAAUUACCUACCGUAAAACUUUAAAAUUAAUGUUAAUUUCAGUUCCUCAAAAAGGAUUAUGUUAAAAGUAUUAAAUAAAAAUGGAUGCAUAUGAUAUUUUUAAAAAGUUAACUAAAGGCUUGACGUUCAAACAUCGCGUAUUAGGUGUUAAAAAUAAUGACUAUAAAAUUAAGCCCAUGCUGAAGAAUGAAGACAUAAAAAAUGAUAUAGACUUGAAGAGGAUUGAAGAUGAAAUUGAAUUAAAACAAGAAAUUGAAUCUAAUGACUCAGGAUCUCAAACUGAAUCACAUGCAUCUGAAGAAUCCGAGGAUGAGUUACAAAUACUAGAAGGUGUGAGAAUUGAAAAGAAAAAAGACAAAACGAAGAAGAAAUCAAAACUUGAUCCGGAGAAAUUGAAAAAAAAAUUAGAGCUAGAAGAGCAUAAUCGUUUCCGCAACGAACAUGGAAUUAAGGUUGUAGGGCGUCAUGUACCAUGCGCCUUGAAGGACUUCAAUGAGUUGGUUUCCAGAUAUAAUGUUUCUAAAGCUCUUGUUGAUACUGUUGUACAAUGUGGAUACACGGAACCCACACCAAUACAGAGGCAGGCUCUGCCAUGUCUGUUGGAGGGUCGUCAGAUAGUGGCCACAGCCCCCACUGGUUCAGGAAAGACAGCAGCAUUUUUACUGCCUCUGUUUCACAUACUCGGAGCACCUCAAGGUGGACCUAGAGCCUUAGUUCUCUGCCCUACCAGGGAGCUGGCCCAUCAGAUAUACAGAGAGGCCCUUAGACUAUCAGCCAGCACACAACUCAGAUGUAGUGUUGUUAAAAGUGUCAAACAAAGCAAAGUCAAGGAGAGAGAGUCGACAAUUAGGAAAAGUGAUGUAAUUAUAAGUACACCAAACCGUCUCUGUUAUCUGCUGAAUCAAGACAAUGUUGGCAUUUCACUAGAUAAAGUUCAAUGGCUGAUAGUGGACGAAGCGGACAAGAUGUUCGAGGGUUCGGUGGAGGAGGUAGACACGUUCCGCCAACAGCUAGACGUGAUCACUCGCGCGUGUUCGGCCAAACUGGCCAUGUUUAGUGCCACACACACUCCGGCACUCGCUAAGUGGGCGCGACACAACAUGCGGGGUUUGAUCAACCUCACCGUAGGCCAUCGAAAUGCAGCAGCGAGCAGUGUCCAGCAGGAGCUGGUGUUCUGCGGCAACGAGAGUGGCAAGCUCCUGGCCUUCCGGCAGUUGGUGCAGCGAGGUCUGAGGCCGCCGGUGCUAGUUUUCGUCCAGAGCAAGGACAGAGCCAAGCAGUUGUUCAAGGAGCUGCUGUACGAUGGUAUCAAUGUGGACGUCAUUCACGCGGACAGAACGCAGGCACAGCGAGACAACGUGGUGCGCAGUUUCCGCGUGGGUCGCAUCUGGGUGCUGAUCUGCACGGAGCUGAUGGGGCGUGGGAUGGACUUCCGCGGUGUCAACCUCGUCAUCAACUACGAUUUCCCACCGUCCGCUAUCGCCUACAUACACAGGGUGGGGAGAGCGGGUCGUGCGGGAGCGACGGGAAGGGCGGUCACAUUCUUCACGCAGGAUGACGUCGCUAACUUGAGGAGCAUAGCGUCUGUGAUGAGGCAGUCCGGGUGCGCCGUGCCCGAGUACAUGCUGGCCAUGAAGCAGGACCCCAACAAGAGGAAGCAGCUGAUGAAGAGAGCUCUGCGCAGAGACAAGAUCUCCACUGUGCUGGAGAAACCGGAUAAAAGAAAGCUAGACAAAGAAACUCCCGAUUCCGAGAAAGCGAAAACAACGGAGGAAGUUAAAAGCGGCAAAAAUAAGAAAUUAAGAAGAAUAGAGAAUAAUAAUAAGGAAGGAAAGAAGAGUAAGAAACAAUUAGAGAAGGGAAAGAAGAUCAUGAAGAAGAAAAAGAAACCUAAAAAUAAAUAGAUAUUUUGAAUUCAUAAAA